GUGAUUUAAUUUUUCCCCGUCGCGCGCGCGUCAUCACGAUCCAAUCCAGCAGGCGCACUUCCCUCCCAUCUCUACCGUGAACAUCGUCCUGUUCCUCCCGGUGAGAAGUAUCGCAGAAAUUCUUGCUUUCAAUUGCCUUUCUCACAACCUGCAUCAGCAUAAACAAUCUCCAUUGACAUCACCAGUACAUCCAUCACAGCGACUUCAGGUCAGGUUGACCAUGUCUUACAGACAGUCGCGCAACGGCGGCGACCGUCGCAGGAAUGAUUCCUACGACUCACGAUCGAGCACAUAUCGCCCGCCGUCUCAGUAUGAUCGCGACUACCGUGCAUCCGAUUCCUACCACCCGCCACCACCUGGCUACGAUAGCUUCAAGCCCCCGCAGGGUAACUUUAACUUCCGGUUCGACAAGCCCGCGGGCAUCUCCGACACGCCGCGCUUUGAAGAUGUCGGUCGGGCUGGUGGUGGCAGGUCAGGCGGGAGGGACCACCGACGCGAUCGUAGGGACAACCGCGGAUACCGUCCGUCUCGGGGAGGCCGUCCUCAGCCCUGGCGCAAACUUGCCGCCGAUCGUCCAAUCCUCAGUGCGACGCACGACGAUAACAAGGAGCUCUCAUUCGCAAAGUCUGCUAGCGGCGUGACUUACCGAGCCCUAGACGAGCUUUCAGACAGUGAAGAGGCCGAGAUGGACAUUUCGGACAGCGAAGACGGUGGCGUGCCCAGCAAAAAGAAGCGUCGACUCAAUGGAGGCGAAGAAACAGCGGCGAACAGUGCCCCCAAGUGGUCAAAUCCGGAUCCCUACACCGCAGCGCCGCCGCCAGACAGUCAACAGACCAAGAGAAAGGAUGUCGUGCAGCUGAUUCGCAAGGCCAGAGUACAGCCUGCCGUCAUCAACAAGACAGAGGCGCCAGCCGAGGCGGCCGAUUUCAUUUCGUGCGAUUUUGACGAUAGUGACGAUGACGAGGGUGAAGACGAAGAAUCACAACCAGAGACAUCUCCGCGAGGAAGGAGGCACGCGCAAAACGAUUCCGACCAAGAAGACACGCUAGUCGCGUCUAAAAAUGCAGAUGCUCAAAGUUAUGCGCAAACGCCUUCCGAAAGCGAUCUAAGGCGUCAGGGUUACACCAACCCCGCCCACCUCGCACCAUCAAACGACUUGGGAAGUAGGAAGCGCACCUUUGACGACGAGAUCAAAGUGCCCGAACACGCAAAGUUGAAAAAGCACACAACCAAGAUGGGAGCUGGUGGCAUCGUCAAGGAGUGGCAGCCAUCCAAAGGCAUGAACACAUGCCCGUGGGUCACUACAGAUCAUUCCGACUGUCGAGAUGGUGGAGUUUGGCUUCACAAGGAGAUUGUCGACUUUUACAACUAUGCCAAGCCUCGUGAUUUUGAAGAGAAGCUCCGACAAGGACUUAUCGACGAGCUGGCCAAACUGAUCAGAAACUCACAAUUCCGUGACGCGACCGUCUAUCCAUUUGGUUCCUUCAAGUCCAACCUUUAUCUGCCCACGGGUGAUAUGGAUCUUGUAUUUUGUUCUGAUUCAUACAUGAGUGGUCGCGCGGCACGGUAUUCUAGCAAAAACCACGUCUUCAAGUUUGGCGCUUUUAUUGAGCGUAAGCAGCUUGCCGUUGACAACCACGUCGAGAAAAUCUCAAAGGCGCGCGUUCCUCUGGUCAAGUACGUCGACAGUCGGACGGGCCUCAAGGUCGACGUUUCGUUUGAGAAUAUCACAGGUAUUCGCGCAAUCGAGACUUUCCUGGCUUGGCGUGAACAGUUUCCCGACAUGCCAGUCCUUGUCACAUGCAUCAAACACUUUUUGGCCAUGCGCGGCCUCAACGAGCCAGCGAACGGCGGCAUCGGCGGUACUACUGUUAUCUGCCUGGUCGUGAGCAUGCUGCAGCUGAGUCCCGACGUUCAGAGCCGUUCCAUGACUCCCGAAAGUCAUCUGGGCCAACUGCUGUUGCGGUUCUUUGACCUGUACGGAAACAGGUUCAGCUACGACCGCGUGGCAAUCAGCAUGAACCCGCCACGCUACAUUCCCAAGAGCCAAGUCACAAAUAUCGUCUACAGGAAUACGGACCGUCUGUCAAUCAUCGACCCCAACAAUCCAGAGAAUGAUAUCUCGGGUGGCUCCGGCAAUAUCCGUACCAUCAAGGCCGCCUUUUCUCAGGCUCAUGAUCUUUUGCGUGAGCGCGUCGCCACCUUGACCCGCUCGCCUAACAAGCAGGCCUUUUCGAGCCUCCUUGAGCCCAUCUUUGGAGGCAAUUACACAUCGUUCGAAGACCAGCGCGAUCAUCUGUACAAGCUCUGGCAAAGGUCAACCCGUCGCUGAAGCUGCUGGUCGAAAUCACUUGAAGCAUCCUCACCGGGUUUGAGAUGAUGAGCUUGAUCUUGUUUUCACUGUAUCAUUGAUUGGCCAUGGCUUUCAUGAAUGCCACGACUGGAUCGGGGGAGGUUUGGCGUUCUGUGGUAAAUGUGCUUUGGGUGCAUUGCUUGGUGUUGAGGCCAUACAGAAGGACUGUGUCCAGGCCGUGGUGUUAAUUUGAGUUACUCGGUUCGGCUCGCAUGAGAUGCGAUGUAUUUUAGGGUUCACGAUAGACGUGUUACAAGCAAACUCUGCUCGAGUUUGAGGUCUGCGUCAUGCCAAUCUUGGCAUGGCUAUCGACCAGCGGUCUCUUUGGCCGCAACUUGCACCGAACCAACUUAUCAUAUUUCUCGUC